ACCAAGCUACCGACCAGACCAAGCCACUGACCAGACCAACUACCGACCAGGCCAAGCUACCGACCAGACCAAGCUACCGACCAACCAAGCUACCGACCAGACCAAGCCACUGACCAGGCCAAGCUACCGACCAGACCGAGCCACCGACCAGGCCAAGCCACCGACCAGACCAAGUCACCGACCAGACCAAGCCACCGACCAGACCGAGCCACCGACCAGGCCAAGCUACCGACCAGACCCAGCUACCGACCAGGCCAAGUACCGACCAGGCCAAGCCACCGACCAGACCAAGCCACCGACCAGACCAAGCCACCGACCAGGCCAAGCCACCGACCAGACCAAGCCACCGACCAGCCAAGCACCGACCAGACCGAGCCACCGACCAGGCCAAUUACCGACCAACCAAGCUACCGACCAGACCAAGCUACCGACCAGGCCAAGCUACCGACCAGACCAAGCCACCGACCAGGCCAAGCUACCGACCAGACCAAGCACCGACCAGGCCAAGCUACCGACCAGGCCAAGUUACCGACCAGACCAACCACCGACCAACCAAGCCACCGACCAGGCCAAGCCACCGACCAGGCCAAGCUACCGACCAGACCAACACCGACCAGGCCAAGCACCGACCAGACCAAGCCACCGACCAGGCCAAGCACCGACCAGACCAAGCUACCGACCAGACCAAGCCACCGACCAGACCAAGCUACCGACCAACCAAGCCACCGACCAGACCAAGCCACCGACCAGGCCAAGCUACCGACCAGACCAAGCCACCACCAGACCAAGCCACCGACCAGGCCAAGCCACCGACCAGACCAAGCCACUGACCAGGCCGCCAGUGACCAGACCAACUACCGACCAGGCCAAGACCGACCAGACCAAGCCACCGACCAGGCCAAGCUACCGACCAGACCAAGCCACCGACCAGGCCAAGCUACCGACCAGGCCAAGCUACCGACCAGACCAA